CAUAAUUUCAGUGUUACUCUGUUGGGUGAUUCCCACAUAUAUUUAAAGGAGCUUCUGCAAAACUCUGCUUCUUCACUCAGAUCUCCAACAAAAAUAGUCAUCUCAUCUCUCAGUUUUGUAGGGAAGAUGAUGCUGCCGAUGGUGGAGACUGUGAUGGGUCUUGUGGCCCUUGUUGUUCUUGCAGUUUCCUACUGGAGGUACAAAUGGAGAGACCGCUCUAACUCUGGGAAGUUUCCUCCAGGUUCCAUGGGGUUGCCCUUCCUAGGAGAGACCAUUCAGUUCUCCAUUCCCAGCAAAUCCGUAGACCUCCCUCCUUUCCUCAAGAAAAGAAUUAAAAAGUACGGGACGUUGUUCAAAACAAGCUUGGCCGGCCGCCCCGUGGUGAUAUCAACAGAUCCGGAGUUCAAUAAAUAUGUUCUUCUCCAUGAAGGAAAAUUGGUGGAAUUGUGGUACUUGGACUCGCUUUCGAAGCUCGUGGGUCACGAUGCACAGGACUUGGAAGUUAAGACUAAUGCAACCGGGUAUGUCCACAAACACCUCAGACAUUUGAUCCUAAAUCACAUGGGUCCGGAGAGCCUCAAAGAGAAGCUUCUUCCUCUGCUGGAAGCCACGGCUGAGAGAACUCUCGAUGCUUGGUCGACUCAACAAUCUGUUGAAGCCAAACAUGGUUGUUCCAAGAUGAUAUUUGAGUUCACCUCGAAGCUCCUCCUAAGUUACGAUGCUGAAAAUUCAGGCGAAAACCUCACGGAGGAUUUGCGUACUCUCAUGAACGGUCUCAUGUCCCUUCCGAUAAACAUUCCAGGCACUGCUUUUCAUAAGAGCUUAAAGAGCCAAAAGAAGCUACUGAAUAUGAUUCAAGGGAAGAUCGCGGAACGAAUGGCCUCACCAGCAGAAACGAGGGAGGCGGACGUCCUCGACCAUGUCCUUGAGGAUAUGAAAACGAAGAGCUUUCUCUCGGAGAAAUUUGUCACCUACAUAUUCAUGGGGCUCCUAGUUGCCAGCUUCGAAUCAAUAACUUCCGCUUUGAUCAUGGCCCUUAUCCUCAUAACAGAUAACCCUCAAGUGGUGGAAGAACUCGUCAAGGAACAUGAGUGCGCCCUUCGCAAGAGGUCUUCGGGUGCAGUAGGAAUAACGUGGGAGGAAUACAAAUCCAUGCCUUACACCAUGCAAGUCGUCAAUGAGGCACUCAGAAUGACCAGCAGUGGACCCGGCAUCAUGAGAAGAGCAAUCAAAGACAUUGAAUGGAAUGGAUAUCUAAUUCCGAAAGGUUGGACAAUUUUCAUCAGUCAAUCUGGGGUACAUCUGAACCCACAAGUAUUUGAAAAUCCCCAUGUCUUUGAUCCCUCGAGAUGGAAGCAAUUGGAUGGAGGAAACGUCACAGGAAGAUAUUAUAUACCAUUUGGAGGGGGCGGAAGGCAAUGUGCUGGAGCUGAAUUUUCCAAAGAUCUCUGUGCUGUGUUUCUCCAAGUUUUGGUGACCAAAUAUAGGUGGACAAAGGUGAAGGGAGGAGAAAUUAUUCGCACUCCGAUGUUGAAGAUUGGAGGAGGUUUUCAUAUCAAGGUUUCCAAGAUUCAAGAAUAAGCACUCCCGCUAGAGCCCAUCCAUAUACAUGUGUGUGUUCUUCAAGUGUUGUCUAAAGUUGAAAUAAACUUAGUUUGGAACUAGCCAGGGGAUGGGGUCCAUUCAAUUAAGCUUAGAACUAUUCUCUGCCAGUCCCAAUAAAUGCAAUUAAUGUAAUAUGCUCCUAAUGACUAUAUGC